GAAGAAGAAUCAGAGGCACUCUGACAGCAACAGCAGAAGAAGCCGUAAAGAAAAAAUACGUUUCUGGAGCUAGCUGAGGAAACGCCGGGUUAACACGAUGAGUAGUGAAAAAUACCCACGGUCUUCUAUUGAAGACGACUUUAACUACGGUACGAAUGUGGCUACAGCCAGUGUCCAGAUACGGAUGGAUUUCUUAAGGAAGGUGUACACCCUCCUGAGCUUGCAGGUCAUCUUGACGACUGCCACCUCUGCCGUCUUCAUGUUUUCUCAGACCAUCAGAGAUUUUAUCCUCGCAAGUCCCGCGGUGGUUUUGGUUUCAUCUCUGCUCUCUCUGGCUCUUCUGCUGGCCCUAGCUGUGUACAGGCACCAACAUCCAGCAAACCUCUACCUGCUGUUCACAUUUACUCUGUUGGAGGCACUUUCUGUGGCCACAGCUCUGACCUUCUAUGAAUACUCCACAAUACUGCAAGCUUUGUUUCUCACCUGUGCUGUGUUCACUGGAUUAACAGCCUACACCUUCCAAUCUAAGAGAGAUUUCAGCAAAAUGGGAGCAGGGCUUUUCUCCUGCCUGUGGAUCCUCAUCAUUGCAACCUUCAUGAGGUUCGUCUUUCACAGUGACAGCACUGAUCUCCUCCUGGCUGGAGCUGGGGCCUUGGUCUUCUGUGGCUUCAUCAUCUAUGACACCAGCCUGCUGAUGAAGCAGCUCUCUCCUGAAGAGCACAUCUUGGCCUCCAUUAACCUCUACCUGGACAUUGUGAACCUCUUCCUGCACAUUCUCCGUGUCCUCGACUCGAUGAAAAAACACUGAGCGCUGCAGUGUGACAAACUGCAGCGCUCAGCUUCUGCCAGCUCUAAUAGCAUAGCUGAAACCCUGCGACUUGCCUGUGUUGUGAUUAAUUUAUACUCAUGUGAGUGUUGGUGUCUUGAAGUUCACCAAAAAUGAGAUUGUUGAACUGAAUUUUUGUAACUGUCAAAAAGAAUGUGUACUUCGUAUACUUUCCAUCUGCUGUUUGUUUGAACCCCCGAUGACCCUGCAGUUCAUUGACGUUCAUCAAUAUCAGUGAGUUUUUCUGUGUCCUGAAACCAAAAAUUUCUCAUCGUCUUACGAGACAGCUCAGUGACGUAAAGGGAGGCCCAUUAGCACCCCAGCUGGCCUGAGGCAGUUCUGCUUUUUAAAUCCCAGUCAUUCCUGUUUUUCCACUUCAUGCAGUUUGUUAGGAUGAGGACAUUGCUGUCUCAGAAGAGGCCAAAUGCAGCGCUCGUUCACAAACCAUGUGCGUGCCCGAAUUUGAGUGUAAAUUGCACAUAUGCAUGAAUGUGAUUCAAUAUUUUCUUCCCUCGAUUUAUUUGGACUAUGAACAAAUUCAGAACUGUUAGAAAAUGUCAACACAUCUUUAAAAGAUAAUGACAUAAAAUGUAAACUUUAGUAGAGAACAUACAGUGAAUGCUUUGGGUGGCACAGUGAGCUCACAUUAAGUGAGUUCCUGGUUUGAAGUCAUGAGCCCCUCCCUGUGUGAAGAAGUGAUUGCCCCCUUUGUUAAAUCAUGAACUUACUGUGAUUAACUGUAUUUUUUUUUAAAAAGUUGAGCUCCGUUUCACUAAUUACACCCAGGCCUGGUUACUGCCACAUCUGUUCAAUCAAGAAUCACUUAAAUCAAGCCUGACAGACUAAAAGAGCUCAGAAAGAAACUCGAAACCAGACGAGAAACAAAGCUGCUUAUCCAGCAGACGGUGCUGACAGUAGUGGACCUUCCCAGGUGAGGCCAGCCCCCCAAAACUAUUCCAAGAGACAUAAAUGACACAUCAAGGAGGUCCCACCCCCUCCCAGAACAUGUAAAGAACUGCAGACCUCACUUACCCCAGUUAAGGUCAGAGUUCACGAUUCAACAAUCAGAGACUGGACAAAAAUGGCCUCCAAGGAGAAAAGCACUGCUGACCAACAAGAACUCACAGGCUCGUCUCAGUUUGCCACAAAACAUCUUGGUGAUCCUUGAGGAAAAUAUUCUGUGGACUGAUGAGUUUACAUUUUAUUUACAUUACAUUAACAGAGCGGGAUUUAUAAAAGGAUCAGACCAACAGUCAGACGUGGUGGUGUGAUGGUCUGGGGCUGCUUCAUGACCUGGAUGACCUGCUGUAACUGAUGGGACUGUGAAUUCUGCUCUCUACCAGAAAAUCCUGAAGGAGAAUGUCCGGCCAUCAGUUCAUGCUC